AGAAACGUACGUGACGUCUAGACAACACCCACGGCUAUAUGUUAGCUUGAGUAUUCAGCUGGCGUGUCGAAGUUUUACAAUAUUCAACAGAACACAACAUCGUGCCUCUCGAUUUGCGGUGACAGGAGAAAAAAAUCAUUGCAAGGAUCAUAGCUGAAGUGAGAUGGAGGGUGAAAGUCCAGCCGAACUUCCAGUCAAGCACGAAACCCAGGUGAAGGGUCCCCCUGGUCAGCCUGUAACAUCUCAUCAACAGAUGGCUCCCGGCCAGCCAAUCAUGGCUCCCACCCCUGGACAGCCAAUCAUGUACCAGAUGCCACCCGGACAACAACCGGUUUUUGUGCAAAUGCCUGCUGGUCACCCAGCAACAACACCAGAUGGGCAGCCUAUUCAGUAUUACUAUGGUCAACAACCAGUUCAGCCAGGUCAAUUAAUGCAACCGGUUCAACCGGUUAAUGUCCCAAGCCAACCUGGUCAACCUGUAUAUUCUCAACCACAGGCUGGACAGGGUCUAGACCUUACGAUCGAUACCAAUUUCCUCAAGUCCCCUCUCUGCUACAUUAAGAUAGUGGAAUUUGUUGUUCUCCUAGGGGCCUGGGCAAGUAUCGUAAAGUACUCUGGUGAUCUUGGCGUUCCAGACGAAAAAGCCAACUUCUUCAAGGGUAUUACCAUUUUUUGCUGGCUGAUGGUGAUAUUUUACAUGAUCAUUCAUAUUUUCAGCUUUACCAAACUUUGUAGUUGUGGUCGAGAGUCUAGGCUUACAUUGGUGUCUCUCGUCUUUUAUUUCAUCAUGUUUUCGCUGCUGCUCGCCUGUACUGGAAACUUGGUCCCUAGGGCCGUUGACUUUGGAAAACUCCAGAAAAUUAUGCCAAGCACAUACAGACCAUUUGUGGUAUCCCUUAGUGUUGCCCUGGUCUUUGGAUUUUUGUCAUGUAUAGCGUUUGCAUUGGAUAUCGUAUUACAGUACAAAUUGUUUCAGACACAGCGAGCUCAGGAGACACCAACCGAACAAGCGCAGGAAUCUCCCCAAAGACAGGCCUGGGAUAUCAACAAGGAGUAUUUACAGUCACAAUACUUUUUCGUCAAACUAGCGGAAUUGUUCCUGCUCUUUGUGGCAUGGGUGUGCGUCCUGAAAUACUUUGACAUGAAUAUUUUCAAAUAUAAGAAUAAGACUCACGAAGAACCGGCAGCAGAAUUCUUUAGAGGAAUCACAAUCUUUUCCUGGGUGAUGACUGUUCUUGUGACGUUGACAUUUGUGAUGAGUUUCGACAAGCUUUGUGCUCGGCCUUCACGCUGGACAUUGACGGCUUUGAUCAUUGGAUUUGUCUUGUUUUCGUUGAUAAUUGCUUGCUGUGGGAAUCUGACUCCUGAGGUUGUCAGCUUUGGAAAGGAUUACAAAAAUGGGAGUACAGAUUACAAGUCCAAUGUACUAGCUCUGUUUAUAGGACUGGGGUUUGGAUUCUUAUCGUGUGGGGCAUUUGGCGUGGAUAUGGUGUUGCACUACAAGCUGUUUCAGACGCAACGAGCUCAAGAGACACCCACUGAACAAUCGCAGGGACCUCCCCAAAGACGAGCUUGGGAUAUCAAUAACGACUUCUUACAGUCUACGACGUUCAAAGUGAAAUUAGUGGAAAUUAUGUUCCUGUUUGCGGCAUGGGUGUGCAUUGUCAUAUACUUUGACAUGGAUAUUUACUGGAUUAUGACUGAGGAUUCAAAGGCCGAUUUUUUUAAGGGAGUCACCAUCUUUUCCUGGGUGAUGGCUGUUCUUUUGACUCUGACAUUUGUGUUGAGCUUUGAUAAGCUAUGUGGCCUCUCCUCCCGAUGGACAUUGACAACUUUAUGUGUUUACCUCCUUGUCGCCAUUUUGUUGAUCGCUUGCUGCGGAACCCUAACUAAGCCUGUCAUCGACCGGGCAAAGACUUUCAAAUAUGUGAGCACGAAUAACAGGGCUAAUAUAUUAGCUCUGAUUAUAGCAGCGCCGCUGGGGUACAUCUCGUGGAUAAUUGUGAUUGUAGAUAUCAUCCUUAUGUACAAGUUGUACCAGCAGCAAAGAGCGCAGGAGGCUGGCUCCUCGGCACAGUCGGGUGUCGUCCAACAUCCUGCCGUCGUGAUUGUCCCACAAGGCGCUAAACAAGUUCCUUAUCAACCAGCUGCUUAUCCAGGACAACAGCCCGUCCAAUAUCCGGGACAACAACCCGUCCAAUAUCAGGGACAACAGCCCGUCCAGUAUCCGGGACAACAGCCCGUUCAGUAUCCGGGACAACAGCCCGUCCAGUAUCCGGGACAUCAGCCCGUCCAGUAUCCGGGACAACACCCUGUGAUGGCAGGAGUUCCUGCCUACGGUUUGCAAGCACAGAAUGGAGAAAAUGAAAAAUGAAAUGUAACAACGUGCUUUGUAAAGCGAAGUCUUCUUUAAUAUGCGCAGAGCAAUUUUGCAAAAUUUAGAACUAAGGUAACUGAUUUUGGCGUAGUGACGAGACAAGGGUCGCUUCUAGUUAAGUCUUCGAUUGCCGUUUGGUUUGCUGAUAUAGUAUCACAACUCGAGAUGAUAUGCUUUGUAGAAAAAGCGCAAAUAAGUUAGGUCACCGUGGAGAAAAAUUAUUUGUGUUCGCCGGGGAAUCUCAUUUCCCUAUUGUGGUCAGUGAUAAAGAAAAGCAAAAAUGUCAAGGAAAAUAUUAUGUGAUUAUUUAACAAUGUCUGCGUGCUGUCUUAAGGAAUACUAAUAUUUGGCAGUAUAUUGAGCCACAACUAAGCUAGGUAGGAUUUAUAAACAUGUAUUAUGCUUUUAAACAGAGUAUUAAAUAUCGACGGUAAUUUUA